CUUUUUCAGUUCCGUUCAAGCUCCGGUGACAUAGUAAGAAGCGCAUUUCAAAUCCAACACUGAAAAUGACACAAUAUUUUACCCUUCUUCAUCAGUUUUGGAGACGCCCAUUAACCCUUAACCGCCCCCAUAGGUUUUUCCACCAUGUUGGUGCUGAGUUUUUUUAUCGGAGCUUAAGUCGGCGGACUGCAGCUUAACUAGUUUCGCCAUCGAUCAGAGUUUACCGAAUUCAGCGGAGUCGGUGGUAGAACCCUUUUGUUCCGACAGAGUAACAAUCCGGUUGAAUUAUUUUUUUUGUUCCGCCUGAGUUUCUUCGACAACCCGAUCGACAUACGUAUUUCUGUUCUUUUUUUUUUUUGGCUCUCACGUGAGUGCCACGUGGUUUAGGCGUUAAAGUUAACGAUUGUUUUUGAUAAAUCUGUUAGUUUUAGGGUUGAAGACCAAAAGUGUUUACGUUUUCUAAAUAUUAAGGACUAUACAUGUUAAGGGGUAUAUAUCAAGGACCAUGAUAAACCAAAUCCAAUACGUUAAGGACCAUUUUGAUCAUUUUCUCUCGAGUUUCAGACGACACGACCUAGGGUUUUGAAGAAGCUCUUCUUUCUUCUCAAGGCUAAGUUCCAGUUUUCACUUUUUAAAGGAUUUUUACCAAGAUGUCUAUGCUAACAAGUGGUGCGGCGGAGGGUCUUCCUGUCAACUUUGUUGGUUUCCAGCAAACUCUUUCAUCAAUAGUUGAAGAUCUUGAGUCUCAGGAGGAGGAGAAGAAGAUGUGGGCAAUCCAAAAACUCCGAAAAUUGUUCAAUGACGAUGUCACUUUUCUAGUACAUGCUCUAGAGUCUGGUAUAGUUGUUCCUAUACUUGACGAAAUUCUACGGGGAGAGGAUUCAUUUGCUCUCAAGCUUGAAGCUGCUAAGGCUGUCAUGGACAGUAUUCCUGAUAUGAUGGAGUUAAGUGAUUUGGUGAUUGAUAGUAAGUUGGUGGAACUUCUUUUAAAGCUUCUGCAUUUUCCAGCAGAAGGCUGUCAUGAAAAUGUUUGUGAGGAGGCUAUGGAGAAACUGGGAAUUGUUGCUCUCUCCCCUGUAGGUCGUGAUUAUGCUCUUGAGUGCAGGGCUUUGGAUGGUUUACUGGAAAUUUUGAACUCUAACAAGAUUUUAUUGCUGAGAAAAGCCACGCAGACUAUAUUAGUGUUUUCUAGAGGCAAACCAAAAGCGCCUUUUGAGAAGGUGAAACCAGCAAUCCGAGCUCUCCGUGACCUUGUUGCUUCAAAUGUUGAUCAAGAGGUGCUAAGAAACGCAUGCUGGGCACUUUAUUACCUUUCUGGUGGUAUUGAUAAGAACUUAAAGGGUUCUUGCACUAGCAAAAAAAUCACCAGUCAUCCUGUUGUGAGCCGGAGUGAUAUUAUUAGUGCUGUCAUUGAGGAGGAUGUUUUUCCGGUGCUGCUUAAGCUCUUAGAACAUCCCUCUCCUUCCGUAGUCACCCCUGCCAUCCAUUUCGUUUCAAGUAUUUGCCUAGGAGAUGACAGCCAGAAAGAGGAACUGAUGAAAGCCCGGGGCACUGAUGGCCGUGACGUUCUUCAUUAUCUGUCGGGCUUGCUAGAUAGAGGAAAAGAGGAAAGGAUGGUCUGCCAGUGUAUAGCAUAUAUUACUCUUGGGAGCUGUCCGCGGGCAAAGGCUGUAUUUGAUGCUGCUGGAUUAAUAGACCGUCUACGCCAUCUGGCUGAAACUAAAAAAAUGGAUGUUGCUGCUACUGCAAUUGCAAAUGCUAUUAUCGGUAUCAGUGAUGAGUCGUACAUCAAUGAAUUGGUGGAUUGCUGCAUAGGUCCUCUGUGUGAUUAUCUUGACGUCUUUGGUAGAAAAAUAAUUUGCACCAUCAGUCUAAAAGGACUAGAAAACAUAUUGGAGUAUGGGGAAAAGCACAAGGGACCUGACGGCACUAAUAUUUAUUCUAAGCGGAUCGAAGAGGCUGGGGGAUUGAAAAAUCUUAAGGGCAUGUGUUGUUCUUUGACCAUGGGACUCGAGGCUGAUAAAAUAUUGUGUAAAUACUGGCCUGUCUACGAUACCUCAUGGUGAACAUACUUAUCAGCUGCAAGGGUCUCAUUGGAAUCUUAAUUUGUUUGUUUUGCGCUCUAAGGAUUCGUUUUGUGACUAUUCAUGUGUGCACUUUGGCUUAAAUGGGCGAAAAAGUAAAUUUAUUCGUAUUUAA